AUGGGCGGAUCGCCCUCAGUCCUUGCCCUGGCACUCGAGCGGUUGGUGUGCGGAAGUGAUUCCGCCACCUGUUCUAACAUUAGUUGGGGUAUGGGCGGCGGUCCCAUUCCCGACAACCCAGGUGGGUUCAGCGUUGUUAUGGAUACUAGCUAUGUUGUCAAGUUUAUUUAUUCUGGUGAAGCAGCGACAGUUCCAUUGUUGCAUAAUUGGUCGUUUGUUGACCUAUGCAAUUCAAUACGCUCUCGUUUUCCGGAUUUGAUUCAAGGAAAUUUCAUGUUGAGGUACAUUAUUCCUCCGGAUUCUAGUUCUUGUUUUCUAGAGAGUGAAGUUGAUAUGAGAAUGAUUUUUAGGAAUUUGGUUCGUUACAAUUCUGAUUUCGUUGAAGUGUUUGUGACUGAUUUGCCUUCUAUUAGUAAAAGCGUGGUGAGUAAUACAGUGUGUGAGGAUUCUAGUACCAUGCUUGAGGAGAAUGAUUAUUUGGGGUGUUAUAGGGCAGAGGCACCGAAGAGUUAUAUGACGAAAGGUUGGGAGAAUUAUAUUCAUUCUGAAGGCCAAAAGUUUGAGGGUGGGGUUGUUGAGUUUAGAGAUAAGCUGCGUAAGUAUGCCAUAGAAAUUGGUUUUUCAUAUGAGUUUGUUAGAAAUGACAAGGUUCGUGUUAUUGCUCAGUGUUCUAAGAAACAUUCUCAGGGCUGCAAUUGGCUUGUGAAGGCUUAUUUAUGCAGGGUUAAUGGUUUCUUUAUGAUUAAAAGGUUGGUUAAUGUUCACACUUGUCAUGGUGUGAUUCAUUUGCAGAAGAGUAAGAUGAUGGGAUCCAAUGUUGUCAAGUCUAUUGUGCUUGAUAAGAUUCGUGCGAAUCCAAACAAAAAGCCAAUUGAUAUAGCUGAUGAGAUCAAGAGUGAUUAUGGUUUGGAUGUUCCUUAUCGUACAGUUUGGUAUGGUACGGAGUUGGCAAAAACAGCCCUGCAUGGUGAUGAAGCUGAGUCUUAUUCUCAGCUACUUUGGUUCAGUGAGUCUGUUAUGAAGUCAAACCCCGACUCUAGGAUAGUGGUUGAGUUUCAUCUAGAAACACACAGGUUUCAGCGUAUGUUUGUGACCUAUGGUGCAUGGAUGAAGGGUUUCCAAUUUUGUAGACCUAUUCUUUUCAUUGAUGCUACAUUCAUUACCAACAAGUACAAGGGGCAGAUUAUUGUUGCAUCAGCAAAGGAUGCCAAUCAAGGUUGA